UACGCCGCUUCCUACAGAACACAGGAAGUUAGAAGAUGUGUAUGGGAUGUUCUGUAGACUUUAUUGAUUGUUGAUCUAGCGAUCCUCCUUUGGAACUGUUUUCAAAUAAUUUGAGUUUUAUGAAGACACAGAGCCAUACAAUAGGUGGAGUUUUAGUAGAGAUCUGAAAUGAGUGAAAACGACAAAAAGCAGGAUCCUGCUUCCUUACGAGCUGAAGGGAAUAAUCUAUUCAACUCCGGGGAUUUCCAUGGUGCACUAGUUUGUUACACCAAGGCCCUGAAGCUAAGUGACGGUCCAUCAGAGGAAGCAAUUCUGUACCGCAACCGUGCUGCUUGUUAUCUUAAACUGGAGGACUUUUCAAAAGCUGAAGACGAUGCCUCAAAAGCCUUGAACACUGACCCUGGUGAUGUGAAAGCUCGAUUCCGCCGUUCGCAAGCCCUACAAAACCUGGGUCGUUUGGAUCAGGCCUUCAUGGACAUCCAGAUGUGCGCAAAGAUUGAACCAAAAAACAAAGCUUUUCAAGAAUCCUUGCGGAAUUUGGGAGCACAGAUUCAAGAAAAGGCGAGUCAGUUCUCUUCCACUGACUCUCGUGUACAGCAGAUGUUCAACCUUCUUUUGGACCCUUCAGUCAAGGAAUCAGACAGACAUAAGGCAGCACAAAAUCUAGUAGUCCUAUCCAGAGAGGAUGCAGGGGCAGAGCAGAUCUUUCGCAACGAUGGCGUGCAACUUCUGCAGAGACUGCUGGAUUCUGGAAAGGAAGAGAUGGUGCUGCCAGCUGUUAGGACGUUGGUAGGGCUGUGCAGUGGACACCAGUCCAGGACUAUGGUUAUUGUAAAUGAACUGGGUAUGGAUCGGCUUUGCAGUGUGAUGGGAUGUGGGGCUGAACAGGUCUCACUUGCAGUUUGUCAUCUCCUUCAAGUCAUGUUCGAAGCUCUGAUGGAAGGUAUGAGCAAGGAAGUACGUGGAAAAGAAGAAGCUGUUGUGUUGGAGCCUUCACGGGAACUUCGAUCUAUGUUGAAACAUAUCUUGGAUGUCUUGACAAAGAGAACUGUCUCAGGAGCAGGCCGAGAUAAUGCUCUUAACUUGCUCAUUAAGCAUGUUCCCCGGAAAUCACAGAAGGAUCCCAACAAUGCUCUCACUCUUUGGGUCAUUGAUCAUGGAUUAAACAAAAUCUUGGAGGUUGCUGGCACAGUGUCAGGAAUAACAGAUGGACCACCUUUGACAGACAGCACACACAUGAGUUGCUCUGUGCUGCUUACCAAGAUGUAUGAUGACCUAAAAUGUGAUACUGAGAGAGAGAACUUUAAUCGUCUCUGUGAGGAUUACAUAAAGUCACACUUUGAAUCUGAGGGUCUAACUGGCAAGCUACAUGCAAUCCAGACAAUUUCAGUUCUUCUGCAGGGCCCAAGUGAUGUGGGAAAUCGGACCCUGGAACUCACAGGUGUCAUGAAUACUGUCAUUACGCUAUGUGGUUCUGACAUAGAAUUACAUCAGCAGGUGGCAGUCGAGGCCUUGAUCCAUGCCUCUGGCAAGGCUAAGAGAGCAUCCUUCAUUACUGCCAAUGGAGUAGCAUUGCUUAAAGAUCUCUACAAAAGAAGUGAAAAUGACCGGAUUCGUGUUCGGGCGCUGGUGGGAUUAUGUAAACUGGGAUCUGCAGGAGGCACAGAUUUCAGCAUGAAACAGUUUGCUGAAGGAUCAACUCUUAAACUGGCCAAACAGUGCCGCAAGUGGUUAUGCAACGAUUCAAUGCCACCAAGUUCUCGGCGGUGGGCUGUGGAGGGCCUUGCCUAUCUGACUUUUGAUGCUGAUGUCAAGGAGGAACUGGUAGAGGAUAAGCAAGCUCUGCAGGCCAUGUUUCAGCUUGCCAAGUCCGAGGACAAGACUGUGCUGUUUGCUGUUGGAUCAACGCUAGUGAACUGUACGAAUAGUUAUGACACAGAGAAGCCUGACCCACAGUUAGUGGAAUUGGCAAAAUAUGCUAAGCAGCAUGUUCCUGAGGAGCACCCCAAGGAUGUGACAUGUUUUGUGGAAAAACGCAUCACAAAGCUCUUGGAGGCUGGAGUUGUGUCUGCACUCGUGUGUAUGGUGAAACAAGAGAGUCCUGCUCUCACUGAUGCUUGUAAAGAGUGCAUUGCAAGGGUGUUUUUGGCUCUAGUGGAGAAACCUGAAGACAGGGGUCUAGUGGUUGCCCAAGGUGCUGGCAAGGCUUUGAUUCCUUUGGCCACAGAAGGAAUCGAUGUUGGGAAGUCAAAAGCGGGACAAGCAUUGGCAAAGAUUGCCAUCACAUCAAAUCCUGAAAUAGCAUUUCCAGGGGAAAGAAUUUAUGAAGUGGUUCGGCCACUUGUCAGCUUAUUGGCACUCGACUGCACUGCGCUACAGAACUUUGAAGCUCUCAUGGCACUUACAAACCUUGCUGGCAUAAAUGAACGAGUCAGGCAGAAAAUAGUUAAGGAGAAAGCAGUGACCAAAAUAGAGGGCUAUAUGUUUGAAGAUCAUGAAAUGAUACGUACGGCUGCCACAGAGUGCAUGUGCAAUAUGGUCCUUUGCAAAGAGGUACAAGACAUGUUUGCUGCUACAGGAAAUGACAGGUUAAAGCUUCUGGUUUUAUACAGUGGUGAGGAUGAUGAGAAGCUACGGAAAGCAGCUUCUGGGACUCUAGCAAUGCUGACAUCAUUGCAGCCUCAGCUCUGUUCGAGAAUCCCAGACACAACAACACACUGGCUAGAAAUUCUGCAGGCUCUGCUCCUUAGUGACAGUGUGGACCUGCAGCAUCGUGGCACAGUGAUAACAAUGAAUAUGAUGCAGGCUGAGCACGACCUAGCUAAACGUCUAAUUGAGAGUGAAGUGCUGGAAAUACUUUCUGUCCUGGCCAAAGAUGAUCACGCUAAGCAAAGUCAAGCAUCUAGAGCAGCAAAACAGUGUCUACAGAUAGCUAUGGACUAUGGACUGAUAAAGCCCAAUACUGCAGAGUAGCUGAACUUCAUUUAGAUGUAAAAAUGUUUGUGUGGAUGCACAUAAUUCAGACUAAUUCAGUUUGUUUUAAGAAUAUAUAUUCUUGGUUCAAGUCCACAGUAUUAUCAUGGAAGGAAAAUGACAUCUACAAAUGCUGGUGGCAUUAAGGGAGAUGUUAACUAGACAUCAGUUUCAAAACGAUUACCACAUUUGUUUUAGUCUGUUUUUCAAAAUAAGUUGUUUUCAUUUUACUGUAAACAGCAUCAUACUUACAGUGUCUUUCUCUUGUCAGUUUUGUGAAGAACAUGUAAAAAUCAUGAACAACCUCUUUGUAUAAAGCUUUUUGUAAUCCUUAGUCCAUCAUUAAUAUAAUGUCUGGUGACGAA